AUGCGCUCCGAUCUUUCCGACGACAAACACGGCGUUCAGCUGGCGGCGGCCGAAAUCGCCGAGUCCUCCGAUACCAGUGGUUUCUACGAGCUUGCCUCGAACGGUUCGACGAACGGCAUCAUCAAUGGUAGCGGCGUCAUCAACACCACUCAGCAUUCCCACAAUCAACAGCUUCAUCAACACCAUCAGCAUGGCCAACACGAUCAUCAUUUGCACCCGGAUCAUCAUCAUCAUCACCACCAUCUUCUGCUGGCGGACGAUUUGCAGGAUAAAGGGCAGUCGAAAGUGCUGCUACAGACCGAAUCCCUGUCCGAGCACACCGAUGGCAUUAUGUUGCGGAGUACCUCGCGACCGAAGCGGGCCACGAGACGGAUGCAAAUGGAAGCAACAAUCGAUCCGGACAUGACGGAUUCGAGCUCCCAGAGCGAUGACACGAGCUGCGGCAGUAGUCGCACCGGGAGCCGGGGCAGUAACGGUGGCCGUUCGGCUCCCGGAGCGAACGGAAACGGAAACAGCAGCAGUAGUGCGGCCCGUCGCCGCAAGGGCGCACUGAACGCCAAAGAGCGGAACGCCCGGCGACUGGAGUCGAACGAACGCGAACGGAUGCGAAUGCACAGUCUGAACGAUGCGUUUCAGUCCUUACGGGAGGUUAUACCGCACGUCAAGAAGGAGCGUCGGCUGUCGAAGAUCGAAACUCUCACGCUGGCCAAAAACUACAUAACCGCGCUGACCGAUGUCAUCAUAGUGAUGCGUGGGGAGGGUGAGGCCGCCGCCGCUCUUGCGCCAGGCACGCCAGGUCUCCUGCUGCACAACGCGAUCCCGCUCCCGGAGACUGCUGCGGCCCUACAGAGCAAUGUCAGUAAGUCGCCGGAAGUUGGCGGUCCGUGUCACGCGACGGACGUGGAUCAGAUUUCGACCACGCUCGAUAUCAUCGCGUCCGCGUCCUCGGUACUUGACUGCCACGACACGACGCACCACGCCCCACUUCCGCAUCACCACGGUCACCACCAUCUGGGCGAUGGCGGAAGUACUGGCCACGUCAGUAGCAACGGCAACAGCAAUAGCACCAACACCAACGGCACCAACAGUACCCUUGACGUGGCCAUUGUGACGGGCGCCCCGAAUGGCCACCAUCACCAUCACGGUAGCAUAAACAACAAUCACCUUAAUACCCACCAUUUCAAUAACAAUAGUGCCAGUAGUAUAGAUAUUGAGAACAGCUUCUACGAGGAUCCAUUUCAGAUGAUGUAA